AUGGACAAACCAGACAAUACAAUCAACCUUUAUUUACGCUUUCAUGAUGAAGACUCCAAAGAUUACUGCUUUGUUGUCCACUCAACAGAAACUGUGGGCUCCUUAACCUCCAUCUUCCAUGCAAUCCCCUCCCCACUCUCCCCAAACUACUUCUACGACCGCAUCCCCAUUGCCUUUGCAGCAUCCCGUGCUCCAGGCUUCCUUACAUCUCAAGGUGGCCUCCUCUUCGGUCCCAACGCUGCAGCUAUCCUUUCUCCAGCCCUCGACCCGACUGCCCUCCUCGGAGAUGUCAUCUACGAGGGCCAGCUCGUCCUCCCCAUUUGGCAGUAUAACUACACCCGCUUUCUUUUGAUUAUGACUUUCCUCGGUGCCUGGCUCUAUACUGACUUCCCCCAGUACCUCACGCCUACCCCGGGACUUGCCCCUACUAUGCUUCUCUAUAAUCUCCUCGACAAGUUUUUCCCAGACCCAACUCCUCAGCCAUCUGCGUUUGACUCGGUGUCCUGGCAAUGGUUUUUCUUUUCCCUGCAUUUCCUUAAAGUCGCCUUCAUCUACCUACUUUUCUACUCGGGCGUGUUUAACCCCAUUUCUUUAAACCCAUUCCGCCAUAGAGCCCUGCGCACGCGACCUGUGGACUCUGAAACCCUAGCCCGGUUUGGACCCACAGGGAUUCGUAAGGCCUCGGUUGCCGAGUGGCGUGUCGAGAAUGCCCGCAAUGAAAUUUCCGAGCUGGGGAUUGGCGCUGCUCAUAAGGCAGGGCUUCUUCUAACUCUACGUGACGCUGGCGUGCAAUUAACCAGUGGCGAAGGUUGGGACACCCCCAAGGACGAGUUUUUGGUCCCACCAACUACUACUAAUGAUACCCCCUACCGAUUCAAACUCUCGAUAGAAUACUAUCGCGCAUGCUACAACUAUGUGACAGAACACCCCUCGGAUCAUGCCGAGCGCCUUGAGUACUACCGCCGAUGGGGUCCUAAAAAGGGCUCCUCUGCACUGCUUGCGUACUACGCCCAGCGCAAGGCCCAAGAAACCAAAGAGCGGCAAGAAGCAAAAUUUUUAACGUAA